AUGCACGGAGGGCGGAGCCGCAGCCCUAGGACGCGACGCGAGCCCAGUUCCGGCGAGGAGGCCGCGCCAGUGACAGCGAUGGCGGCGGAGUCGGCGCUGCAAGUUGUGGAGAAGCUGCAGGCGCGCCUGGCCACGAACGCAGACCCGAAGAAGCUACUGAAAUAUUUGAAGAAACUCUCCGCCUUGCCCAUUACAGUAGAUAUUCUUGCGGAGACUGGAGUUGGAAAAACGGUAAACAGCUUGCGAAAACACGAGCACGUUGGAAACUUUGCCAGGGACCUAGUGGCCCAGUGGAAGAAGCUGGUUCCUGUAGAACGAACCACAGAGCCCGAGGAACAGGACUUUGAGAAGAGCAGUUCUCGGAAGCGCCCCAAGGAUGCCCUGAGGGAGGAGGCGGAGAUACAGGGGGACUACCCGGAAAGCUGGAAAGCCUCCAGCAGCCAGUCGUACAGUCCUGAUAAUAGACAGAAAAAGCACAGAAAACUCCCAGAGCUCGAGCGGCCUCACAAAGUAUCUCACAGUCAUGAGAGGAGAGAUGAAAGAAAGAGGUACCACAGAGCUUCUCCAGUUUACUCUUCAGACCAUGAGUCUUCCGAUUACGGCCAUGUUCAGUCCCCUCCACCAUCCACCAGCCCUCGUCAGAUGUCUUUGGACCAUUACAGAUCCCUGGAAGAGGACCAUGAGCCCUUUGUUCCCCACCAGAAGCCUGGCAAAGGCCAUAGUAACGCCUUUCAGGACAGACUGGGGGUCAAUCAAGAACGACACCUGGGGGAAGCCCAAGGGAGAGAAAGCAUGAGUCAGAGCAAGGAGCACAGAUCUUCCCAUAAAGAAAAACGUCUGGCGGAUGCCAAAGGAGACGAGAAGUCUCUGAGCAAAGAAAAAUCACACAGGGUCUCCAAAGAGGAAAACCGGAGGCCGCCCUCCGGGGACAGCACGAAGGAGAAACCACCCUCUGGCGUCAGGAAAGAGAAGGAGAAGGAGGGCAGCACCAAGAGGAAGAGCUUACCCCCCUUGGAGCUGGCCUCAGACAACCACCUUAAAAGGCCAAAACCUAGGGACUCCGAGAAAACCAAAUCAGACAAAAACAAGCAGAGUCUGGAAAACUCUGACGUAGGCAAGGGGGCAGGAGACCUGUUGCCCAAGGCAAAAGAGAAGGUUUCUAACAACCUGAAGACUCAAGAAGGGAAAGUCAAACCUUCGCAUUCAGAUAGAAAGUCGGUGGGUUCCUUCCCUAAAGGUGAGGAGGCAGAUACGGAUGAUGAAUUUGAGAAGCCCACCAUGUCUUUUGAGUCAUACCUCAGCUAUGACCAGCCCCGGAAGAAAAAGAAAAAGAUUGUGAAAACUUCAACCACGACUCCCAGAGAAAAAGGACUUAAAAAAAAUGACUCAAAAAGCACUAGUAAAAACUUGGACUCAGUUCAGAAAUUACCUAAGGUGAAUGAAAACAAGCCCGAGAAGCUUCCGCCAGUUGGAGCCGACUCAGCCAAGCUGAAAAAGGUCCCCAGCGAUGUGUUGCCAGUAUUACCUGACCUCCCAUUACCUGUGAUCCAGGCCAAUUACCGUCCACUUCCUUCCCCUGAAUUGAUGUCAUCCUUCCAACCAAAGCGAAAAGCACUCUCCUCACCCCAGGAAGAGGAGGAAGCUGGAUUCACCGGAAGAAGAAUGAAUUCUAAGAUGCAGGUCUAUUCCGGCUCCAAGUGUGCCUAUCUCCCCAAGAUGAUGACCUUGCAUGAGCAGUGCAUCCGGGUGCUUAAAAACAACAUCGACUCGAUCUUUGAAGUGGGAGGUGUCCCAUAUUCUGUCCUUGAACCUGUUUUGGAGAGGUGUACACCUGAUCAGUUGUAUCGAAUAGAAGAGUACAAUCACGUAUUAAUUGAGGAAACGGAUCCAUUGUGGAAAGUUCACUGUCACCGAGACUUCAAGGAUGAGAGGCCGGAGGAGUACGAGUCGUGGCGGGAGAUGUACCUGCGGCUGCAGGACGCGCGGGAGCAGCGGCUGCGAGUCCUCACGAAGCACAUCCGGUCUGCGCACGCCAACAAGCCCAAAGGCCGACAAGCAAAAAUGGCCUUUGUCAACUCUGUGGCCAAGCCACCUCGUGAUGUUCGAAGGAGGCAGGAGAAAUUUGGAACUGGAGGAGCAGCUGUGCCUGAAAAAAUCAGGAUCAAGCCAGCGCCGUACCCCACAGGAAGCAGCCGGGCUUCCUUCAGCAGUGGCAGCAGCAACAGCUUUAACGCCAGCCCCGAGGAGCCAGCCUACGACGGCCCGAGUACCAGCGGGGCCCACCCGGCUCCGGUGCUCAGCAGCACUGUUUCCUAUGAUCCGAGGAAACCGGCUGUGAAGAAAAUCGCCCCAAUGAUGGCCAAGACGAUUAAAGCUUUCAAGAACAGGUUCUCCCGACGAUAA